AGCCGCCCGCCGCACCAGCCAGAGACGACACCCAUCUCGCGUCUUCUUCGUGCGCUUUUAGCCACGGGUCGGGAGAUCGAGCAGCUGCUGCAGCACAAGAGGACCGGCCGACCGGGGUUGAGCUUCAGCCAAGAUGAGCUUCAGGCUUGCCGACGAGUCGUCGUGCGGCUACUCCUCCGGCGGCGACUCGGGCGACGAGGGGGACCGCUUCCCGGACAGCGCGGGAGGCCACCGCCGCCAGUCCGCGCCGCCGCAGCCGCCCCUCAUGCGGAUGAACUCCGACAGCAUCUACGACAUGUCCGGCAUGACCGCCCACCUCCCCGCAAAGAAGGGGCUGUCGGCGUACUACCAGGGCAAGUCGCAGUCCUUCGCGUGCAUGUCCGAGGUGCGGAGCCUCGAGGACCUGCAGAAGAAGGAAAAGCCGCCGCGCAGGAUCAAACCAUGCAAGAGCUACGCAACGCUCGGAGCCGGAGGGAUGCCCGCCAAGCAGGUGCCGGCGGCGAGCUCAUGCGCGAACCUCGGACUCAUGGCCGCCGGGAACGGCUUCGGGAGGGCUUCCCGGAAUAUUCCUCUUAACCAGGACUGCUACCACCAGUAGACUACCAGUGGCGGUGCGACGCCGUACGUAGAGGUGUUUUUGCCGGAUGAGAUCUACUCUGUUUCUGCUACUCUUGUUCGUCAUCUCCGGGAGCUCUGUCUGUUUGCAGGCGCAUUAGCCUGUGAACGAUUUGUGAGAGAAAACUUUGCGUUUGUGAUGUAAAUAUUGAGUACUAUGUAACUGUUGUGCGGAAAAGGGAGCAAAUCCAAAUCA